AAAAAUGGGGGGGGGUUGAGAAAUAGGGGGAAAUAGGAGGGAAAUGGGGGGCAGAAAUCAAAUAGGAGAGGAAUGGAGGGGGGGAGAGAAGUGGGGGGGGCUGUAUGGGGUGUGUGGGGUGCAUGGAGGCUUAUGGGGCUGCAUGGGGUGUAUGGGGCUGAAUGGGGCUGUAUGGAGGCUUAUGGGGUUGUAUGGAGGUUUAUGGGCUGCAUGGGUUGUAUGGGGGCUGUAUGGAGGUUUAUGGGUUUGUAUGGAGGUUUAUGGGCUGCAUGGAGGUUUAUGGGGUUGUAUGGGGCUGUAUGGAGGUUUAUGGGGUUGUAUGGAGGUUUAUGGGGGCUGUAUGGAGGUUUAUGGGGUUUAUGGGUGUGUGGGGCUGAAUGGGGCUGUAUGGAGGCUUAUGGGGUGCAUGGAGGUUUAUGGGGUUGUAUGGAGGCUUAUGGGGUGCAUGGAGGUUUAUGGGGUUGUAUGGAGGUUUAUGGGGUGCAUGGAGGUUUAUGGGGCUGUAUGGAUGUUUAUGGGGCUGUAUGGGGCUAUAUGGGGCUGUAUGGGGCUGUAUGGAGCUGUAUGGAGGCUUAUGGGGCUGUAUGGGAUGUGUGGGGUGCAUGGAGGUUUAUGGGGCUGUAUGGAGGCUUAUGGGGUGUAUGGGGCUGUAUGGGCUGUAUGGGGCUGUAUGGAGGUUUAUGGGGCUGUAUGGGGCUGUAUGGAGCUGUAUGGGGCUGUAUGGAGGUUUAUGGGGCUGUAUGGGGUUGUAUGGAGCUGUAUGGGGCUGUAUGGGGUUGUAUGGAGGUUUAUGGGGCUGUAUGGAGCUGUAUGGAGCUGUAUGGGGCUGUAUGGAGCUGUAUGGAGGCUUAUGGGGCUGUAUGGGAUGUGUGGCGUGCAUGGAGGUUUAUGGGGCUGUAUGGAGGCUUAUGGGGUGUAUGGGGCUGUAUGGGCUGUAUGGGGCUGUAUGGAGCUGUAUGGAGGUUUAUGGGGCUGUAUGGAGGUUUAUGGGGCUGUAUGGAGGCUUAUGGGGUGUAUGGGGCUGUAUGGGCUGUAUGGGGCUGUAUGGAGCUGUAUGGAGGUUUAUGGGGCUGUAUGGAGGUUUAUGGGGCUGUAUGGGGUGUGUGGGGCUGUAUGGGGCUGUAUGGAGCUGUAUGGGGUUGUAUGGAGGCUUAUGGGGUUUAUGGGAUGUGUGGGGCUGUUUGCGUUCAUGUGGGUACGGAAAGGGGGCAAUGCAAGGAUAACUGAGGGCCAAAAUGUAUUAAAUAAUCCUGAAGAUAUUAAAUGAAUGAAAGUAAUUAAUCAUCCUAAUUUUACAAACAUUAAAAGGAACAAAAGGCAGAAAUGCAGAAAUAAGGACUAAAAAAAAAAGAAUUUCUGCGUGUUUUUGUGUGUGGGAAAAACUUGGCUGUGGGACGGGGAGCAAAGGCUGUGGAGAAUAAAGCAAUUAAUGAGAAACAGCAAAAUUAAUUAAAAAUAGGGAAAAUUAAACAUUAAUUGAUGAUAAGGAGGAAUAAAUUAAUAAUAGAAAAAUAAUAAUAAUUAAUAAUAGUAAAAAUAGCCUGAAUUCCUGUGUAUUUCUACCUAUAAAAGCUCAGCCAUGGGAUGGGGCGCAAGGCCUAUUCAAAAUAAGGCCAUGAAUAUGAAAUACCAAAAAUUAAUGAAUAAUAGUUAAAAAAAAAUUAAAAAUUAAUGAAUAAUAAUAAUGAUGAAUAAAUAAAAAGGCACAAAUGCACAAAUAAAGGCCAAAAAAAGCCCAAAUUUCUGUGUAUUUCUAUCUAUAAAAGCUCAGCCAUGGGAUGGGACACAAGGCCUACUAAGAAUAAGGCCAUGAAUAUGAAACACCAAAA